AUGAGCAUCAACAAAGGGGCCAAUGGGAAGUUGCCAAUCAAAGGUUACGAAGAGGGAGACGAAAUAAUAGUGCAGUGCAAUAAUAAGCCGGAAGGACUUGAGUACUUGCGUUACGACGAAAAGCUGAGUAAUCUCUUCAAGGAGUACAACGAAAUACGAGACAUUGCGGAGCAGGAUCGCAUGAAAGGCAAGAAAUCGUUCAAACUUGCAGAAAACGUGUUACUUGCGCACAAAUUGAAAGAAAUCGCUUUGACGAUUGGCGAAUUCAAUAAAUCGAACGGAUGGAAGAUGUUCGAUAUACUUUCAACGGAAUACAGGUUCAAGUGA